AGAAUGACAGUUUUCGAGAACUCUCAAACCAUUCAGCGGUUAGUCAGAGAAGCAGUCGCCAAAAGAGAUCUUCCACAUUUACCUUGUCGUUUAGUAGCCGUCAGUAAAACCAAACCAGUUUCAGACAUUGUGGAGGCUUAUAACGCGGGCAUCCGCCACUUCGGUGAAAACUACAUCCAAGAGCUACACGAGAAAUCGAAUGAUUCGACUAUUAUAGAGAAGUGUCCUGAUAUCAAAUGGCAUUACGUUGGUCAUCUUCAGAGCAACAAGAGUAAAUUGCUAUCGAAAGUCAAAAAUCUGUUUUUAAUGGAAACAAUUGAUAGCACUAAACUGUGUGAUAAAUUGAACAGCGAAUCAAUGUUACCAGAAUCAGGAAGCAGGUUAAAAGUUUUGGUUCAAGUCAACUCCAGUGGUGAAACUCAGAAAAGUGGAACAACGUCUAACGAAGCGGUUUCUUUAGUUGACCACAUUGUUUCAAAGUGCCCAAAUUUAGAGUUCAGAGGAUUAAUGACAAUUGGAAGUUAUGGCCACGAUUACACUCAAGGUGAAAACCCAGACUUUGAAGUUUUGUUAUCUUGUAAAGAAAGGCUUUUGGAUCACAUGGGUUUAAAAGAAGCUGAUCUGGAAAUGAGCUUUGGCAUGUCGAAUGAUUACCUGCAUGCAAUUUCGAUGGGCAGUACAAACGUGAGAGUGGGAAGUUCUAUAUUUGGAAGCAGGCAAUAUCCAACCAGCUGAUUAUGCUUUUUCGGCAGUUUCCUUACAAAUGAAAAAUUUUCUUAUUAAUUUGUAAUGAAAUUCAUAAAUCUGUAGAUAGAUUCAAGAAUUGAAGUUUGGAAAGACUCAA